UUACGAAAUAUUGAUAUUUGGCUUGAGUAGUGUAGUAUUUUGACACUUCAGUGGUGCUUGUGUAUACACCGAGGAAAGAUAAGCGUUCCAUUGUUCCAUGCACAUGAUGUCUGCACCGAAUUUGGAAGUUUUCUAUAAAAGGGCGGCUGCAGCGGAAGAAGAGAUUGCAGCUUUGAAAAAGCAAGUUGAAUAUUUACAGCAGAGUAUUACGAAUAACGAUUCUAAAUUACAAACUGUGCCUAAAGAUGAAUAUACAAAAUUGGAACUAGAAAACAUCAAACUAAAACAUAGGGUAGCCAUUCUAAAAAGGACCAUCGAAGCUGAUAGAUCGAAGAUUCAAAGUGAGGUGAAAAUAGAUGUGUAUAAUGCAAUAAGCAUAUACGAUACAUUGUAUAAGUUAUUCAAAAAAGCCAUUCAUGCCGCAUAUGGAGAUAAAAUUGAACCUCCAGUGAUUAUAACAACUAGUAAUAAUCCAAAAUUUGGAGAUUACCAAUGUAAUAGCGCUAUGCCGCUUACAACAUUACUUAGUAAUAAUGGAAUUAGAACAUCGCCAAUAGAAGUUGCAAAAAGUAUAAUAACAAAAAUUGAGAAUUCCGACAUGAUUGACAGAUUUGAGGUGGCAGGUGGUGGCUUUAUAAAUAUAUUUCUGAAACGGAAAUUUGCACAGAUAGCACUGAGUAAUUUGGUAAAAUGUGGAAAAGCUUUGCCACCAUAUACCAAGAAACAAAAAGUUAUUGUUGACUUCUCGAGUCCCAACAUUGCUAAAGAGAUGCAUGUUGGGCAUUUAAGGUCCACUAUAAUUGGAGAUAGUAUCGCAAGAUUAUUGGAAUACCUAGGACACGACGUGCUGAGAAUAAAUCACAUUGGUGACUGGGGAACCCAAUUUGGAAUGUUGAUAGCUCAUCUACAAGAUAGGUUCCCCGAUUAUUUAAUUGUAUCACCUUCUAUUACAGAUCUUCAGAGCUUUUAUAAAGAAUCAAAGGAAAGAUUCGAUCAAGAUCAAGAAUUUAAAACACGUGCUUACGAGUGUGUUGUUAAGUUACAAGCAUUUGAUACCGAUAUGAUAAGGGCGUGGCGACUAAUUUGUGAAGUUUCUAGGAAAGACAUUGAAAAGGUAUAUGUUCGAUUGAACAUUAAAUUGAUAGAAAGGGGUGAAUCUUUUUAUCAGAAACAUAUGGAAUGUUUAAUCAAAGACCUCGAGUCGAGAGGACUAUUAGAAGAAGACGAUGGACGAAAAGUAAUGUGGAGUAAAUGCGGAAAUGAGAUACCUUUCACUAUUAUCAAAUCUGAUGGUGCUUUUACAUACGAUACCUCAGAUUUAGCAGCUUUAAAACAACGAUUAGAAGAAGAAAGAGCUGAUUGGAUUAUAUACGUAACAGAUGCUGGUCAGUCUACGCAUUUUCAAGUAUUAGUACACUGUGGUGAAAGAGCAGGUAUUGUAAAAAGUUGGCAUAGAAUAGAUCACGUUGGAUUCGGUGUAGUACUUGGUCAAGAUAAAAAGAAAUUUAAGACUAGGUCCGGAGAAACAGUAAAGUUAAUUGAUUUACUAGACGAAGGUUUAAGAAGAGCACUUCAAAAGUUAAAAGAAAAACAACGCGAUAAGGUGCUCACAGAAGAGGAAUUGAAGAAAGCUCAAGAAUCUAUUGCUUACGGAUGUAUAAAAUAUGCAGAUUUGUCACAUAACAGAAAUCACGAUUAUGUGUUUUCUUUUGACAAAAUGUUAGAAGACAAGGGAAACACAGCAGUGUACUUACUGUAUGCUCUCACCAGAAUACGUGCUAUUGCAAGAACAGCGAAUAUUUCGCAAGAAAAGUUGCAAGAACUUGCGCAAAAUACGCCGAUAUCGUUAGACCAUCAAAAAGAAUGGAAAUUAGCUAAAGUAUUAAUAAAAUUUCCAGAUGUAUUAAUUAAGAUUACAAAAGAUUUGUACUUACAUCAGAUGUGCGAGUAUUGUUAUGAAAUUGCAUGCGCAUUCACCGAAUUCUAUGAUAAUUGUUAUUGCGUUGAAAAAAAUGAAAGUGGGGAAAUAGUGAAAAUAAAUAUGGGUCGUAUAUUAUUGACAGAAGCUACUGCAAUUAUUAUGGAAAAAUGUUUUUCGAUACUCGGUUUAGAACCGGUUGAGCAUAUGUGAAUAUAUUUAUGCAUAUUAUGUAUUUGUGAAAUGUGAGAUUGGAAUAAAAAGUGGAUGUUUUUUUUAAGGAAUCACAUGAUAAACGUAUGUAUACAUAUGUAUAUGUAACAUGCUUUCACUUUCAUUUAAAUCUGUAA